GUCAUAUGUCAUUAGUGUCAUUCACUCUCGAAUAGAACGAAAAUGGAGAAUUUCUUUUCGACUUUACUAAUAUAACAUUAGUGUAGUAGUGAUAUCGUGUUGUUGGAACACCAAGAAAAUAACCUUAUUAAGCAGCGUGAACGAUGGGCGCAAUUCCUCAAUACUUUGGUCAUUUCAUGAGUAGCUUUCAUUACAUUGUAUUUUAGUAUUUAAGAUCUUCGUUUCGUCUUGUUUCAUUCCAUUCAAAAUGUUUGUAAUUGUAAUUGUCCUUUCAUUGUAUUGUCAUUAAUUGUAUAGGUGUUAGUGUUAGGUUCAGGUUAGGUUAUCAGUAAUCACAAUGAAUAUCCAAGUGUGUAGGGACGUAUCAGACGCUGUGGUGUUAUAUCUGCCCCAGCGUUUGUAUCUCAAGUCGUUCGCAAAGCUAAACGUUUCUGUCCAGCUCCCAGCCCACAAGGUUCACGGCAAGUCCAUCUCCAACUGGGAAUUGAUGGAGAAAUUGAGAAAAAUGAUCCAACCUGACGCGUUUUCGAUUCUAAAAGUGUCCAAGCAUAGUUCUGAAGUAAUAAGAUUUGAUGCCGAGUUAGAGCAUCCAGAUAAGCUCGAGCGGGUGCUCGCGAGACUCGAAGACCGAAUAGUGCAGUUAAAUGACUACCCAGAACCCCUCAAAGUGAAAGUAUCUGAGGCGAAAUCAGAUUUUCCUAGCCGCCAUUCGUGGGACUCGUUUUUUCGUGAUGCCACUGACAUGGAUGAGAUGAAGCCCGGUGAGCGUCCCGACACUAUACAUAUAUGUAAUCUACCAAUCCGGUGGUUUGUUCAUGAUCGUGACAGGGAUGCUGAUGCUCCACCAUCAGAACAUGUCUUAAAAAAAGCGUUUGAGAAAUUUGGCAACAUUCGACAAGUUGACAUCCCCAUAGCUGACCCAUUUCGUCUUCAAAUGAAGUCUACUAUGCGGGGAAUCACAACACCACUAUCCGAUCAAGCUUUAUAUUUUGAGGCAUAUAUUCAGUUUCACGAAUAUGUUGGCUUCGUCCGCUGCAUGGAUGCUCUCCGUGGUCGGAAGUUGCUAAGAAAGAAGGAUGACAUAGCAGAAUGGUGCGGCAUUAAAGUUGAUUUUGACAAGACCAAGCAUAUGACUGAUGCAGCAGUGAAACGGAGGGCCAUCGUAAGGGAACGGCUCACCUCUCGACAGAGAGCAAAGGAAGACGAGGAAAAGGCUGAAAAAGAGAAGGUUGCUAAGAGAGAAGCUAAAGAAAGACAAAAAUACGAGCGAGGAGAGCAGGAAAAACUGGAGAAAAUGCGGGAACGGGAAGAAAGAAGGAAGAAGAAGCAGUUAGCAAAACUCAUGCAGCGGGAUGAUGUGGACCUUAACGGGAAGGUUGCAGAAGAGAGGAAGAAGUUGCUGGAAGCUCAGAAGAAGUUACAGGCUAUGCGGUUGAUUGAGGAAUUAUUUAAAAGAAUUGAGCUUCGGCCAGACCUGCAAAUGAACGGUCGCUCAGCGCCCGGCGAGCGCGCGGCGCGGGCGCGCGUCGUGGAACGCUGCAAGCGCCGCUGCGAGGAGGCGCUGCAGGCCGCCAGGGAUCGCUUCCAGCAGGCAUUGGACGGUCGUAUAGUCCUCCGCACAGCGCUGGAGACGAAAAAGCCUCGUCGUUCGUUGUCACCGUCGUCCGUAUCGUCGGACGAGCGGCCGCGGCGCGGCGUCAAGUUAGAAAAGUUGACGACCCCUGAAAGAGAGCUCGAGUACAACAAGGCUGCCAGCAUGUACGGGAUGGCGCACCCGUACGGCUUCGGGUACCCGUUCGCCGCCGUGCCGCCGCCCGGAUACCCGUUCCCUCAGACAUCGAUGUACUACCCAGUACGGGGCCAGUACUACCCGCCGCCCGACAGCUACCGGCGGCCGCGGGGCCGCGGGCGGGGGCGCGGCCGCGGCGUGCGCAUGCCGUACUUCGACGGGCCCGACGCCUCGCACCAGUACUACAAGUACUUCAAAAAGCUAACGGAGAACGAGCACCGCAACGAGCACGAUGACCGCCUCCGCUCGCGCUCUCGCUCCCGCUCCCGCCGCCGCUCGUACACGCGGUCAAGGUCACGCUCGAGGUCCAGGUCGCGCUCACGUCGCCGCUCCUACUCGCGGUCAAGGUCGAGAUCGCGUAGAAGUAGGAGCAGGAGUCGGAGACGGAGUAAGAGCAGAAGUCGACGGUCAAGGUCGCACCACACUCGCUCCCGCUCCCGCUCCCGCCCGCGCAAGUCGCGCUCGCGCAGCCGCCGGCGCAGCAAGUCUCGCUCGCCGCCCAAACCGCGCGCGUCCCAACCGAGGGACAACGCCGCCCCCGACCGGCCGAGGUCGAAAAGCUGGUCCCUACCCCGGGACGGGAACGGGAAAGAGUGGUCCAAGAGCCCGAAGAAGCAAGAUUAGUGAUCAGAGUUAAGAACUUUUGAAUAUUUGAACAAAUGAUCAGUUAAGCUGAAGUAAAAAGUGAUUUUGAUUAGUUUAGUUAUGGACAAUUGAUUGCAAAUAUUGCAAUGUAGAUUGGGAAAGGUGUACCGCGGGGCAACGCCGCCCUCAGUGCGAAAAGCUGGUCUUUAGUGUUCACGAUUGAUUGGAAAAGUGGUACAAGAGCCCUUAGAAGCAAGAUUAGUGAAGUGGCUAAAAAGUCAAGAGUUGAAGAGUGAUUUAAAAUUUUAGCAAGCAAUAGGUUAAAAGUUGACGUAAUUAAUUUUAACAUGAGCAUGGACAAUCGUCCAUGCAUUUAAUCAAAUGCAAUGUGGAUUAGGAAACAAAGUGAAGUGAUUCAAGAGUCCUAAGAAAAUUAGUAAAAGGACGAGCUUAAAACAAAGAGCUGAAGAGUGAUCACAGUUACAAGCUUUUGAAGAUUUUAGCUAGUGAUUAUUAGUCAAGAAUGUAAAAGUGAUCAUUUUGUUGCUAGUGGAUGACUGAUAAAGUAUUGUUGUUAAUAGCCAAACUUUAUAAUAAGAACAAAUACAUUUUAUUUGUGGAAA